AGCAACACAUCCGCAGCAGAAACACACAUCUGGAUUUGCUUUUUUUUAGGAGUGAGAGAAAUUUUGAACAACUAAAAAAGCAUGUUUGCGCAAAGGAGUGUCCUAGAACGACGUGUUCUGCUUCUACAGAAGUAGAAGAACAGGAAAAAGAAAACAAAAGAAACAUGGAGCAAGACAUAAAAGCAACAACAUUGUCAAUCCUUUCUACAACUCCUAUGACCGUCUCCUGGAACAACCUGACCAAUGACACCCAGUGUCCGCAUUGGGAAGUGUGGGACUGGUUGUACAUCAUGCAGCCUGCUUACAUGUUCGUCAUCUGCGCGCUGGGAAUUCUCGGGAACGUCUUCGUCCUGCUGGUCUUCGGCCUCCAUAAGAAAGCAUGUACGGUGGCGGAAAUCUACCUCGGGAAUCUGGCGGCCGCCGACCUCCUGUUGGUUUUGUGUCUGCCGUUCUGGGCGAUCAACAUCGCCAAUGGGUUUGAAUGGCGAUUUGGGUCAGUUAUGUGCCGUCUGGUCAACACGGGCAUCAGAAUGAACAUGUUUUGCAGUGUUUACUUGCUUGUUUUGGUCAGCGCUGAUCGUUACGUUGCACUCGUCCAUGCCCUGUCACGCGGUAGAAUGAGACGACCACGAUACGCCAAGCUCAACUGCAUCGCCGUUUGGUGCUUUGGAUUAAUACUCAACAUCCCAACACUUCAUUUCCGGGAUACUCAAUUCAUCCCAGAGCUGAACAUCACGGCUUGCAUUCUGGACUAUCCGAGUCCCGAUGUUGGCCUAGUUUGUGACAUCCUUCUCAUUUUGCUCGGCUUCAUCAUCCCAAUUUUGGUGAUCUCCUACUGCACACUGAAGAUCAUUCGAGCCCUGAGCGAGCAAGUCGUCGACCGCUUUAAUGCGGAAAACACGGAAAGAAAAGCCACCAUCCUGGUGCUGGUCGUGCUGUUGGUGUUUCUCUUGUGUUGGGUGCCCUUUCACCUCGUGACCCUCAUGGAUAUCCUGAUGCGCUUCGGCGUCCUCGGAGGAUGCAGCUUUCAAUCCGGUCUCGAUGUCUCCAAUCAGAUAUUCACCUACCUGGCUUUGAGCAACAGCGUGCUGAACCCGAUACUCUACGUGAUCGUGGGCAAGAACUUCAGGAAGAAAGUCAAAGAGCUGAUGAAGCAACUCACAGAGAAGAAAACAGAUUCGACAAGCGAUUCAACGAGAUCACAGCUCUCGUCAACCUUAAAGACCUUCACAACAUAUUAAGACCAUUAUUUAUACAAUGUUCAUAGGUAAUUAUAAUUUAUAAUGUUUGUUUAAUUGUCAGUUUUUAUGUAUACUGUAAAAAAAUAUUUUUUGAAAUUGUAAAUAAAACAUAUUAUUGGUAUUUUAGUUUUUCUACUUCAAAAUUUCACAUUUAAUUCAAUGCCAUUUCUUUGUAAUUCUUUGUGAAAAUUAGCAAUUUUUGAGUGAAAAUUGUUUAAGUAAAUUGUACACCAUUUUUUUCCAGGUUACAAAGGGUGUACAUUUUUCAUUUUAUGUUUUGAGUUGGUGGUAUUUUUGAAAGUAAUUUUUUUUUUUUUGUAUGCUGAUGUCAUGCUGAUGUUAAAAAUAAUUAAGCUCUGAAAUUAAUGGAAGGAUAUUGCAAUCAAACUCACAAUUACACUCAAAACUCCAGAUUGCAUAGAUGUUUGCAUGUCACUUUGCAUAUUAAGCAUCUGCUAAAUGAAUAGUAGUAUUUAAAAGCAGUGUUAUUAUUACAAAAUACUUAAAGGCCCACUGAAGUGCCUUGAAAUGCCCAGCAUUAUUCAAUGUGUUGACGUAAUAAAAAGACAGGGUGGGACAUAUAUCGAACAACUCCUCCCCUUUUUUAAAAAUAGCCAAUAGCAUUUUGUUUAUAUCACAACUGGCCGGAGCUGUUGAGCUUGGUAAAGCCUCAGUUUCCUUCUAAUAUUUAACCGUUUCUCCUUCUGUGCAGAAUUCAAAUGGGUCCGAUACGUUUUGUGGUCUGCGCUGAUUCGCGCAUAUGAUCCACUCUAUGCUAUCGUAUCUCUGGACCAGAGCAGACUGUGUGCGCGGCAGUUCGCCUGACACUAACAUGAAACCAGACUUCAUUCACCUCAAUGGAAAGCAUAUUUACACUGUCUGAAUCGUUCCCUAUCCUCUAUAUAGUGCACUAUGUGCCAUUCACCAUGUAGAAACUAGUAAUUGUGUGAACAAAUGACUGAUUUCAGCCUCUGCUUCAGCAUCGAUUUAUAAUGUAGGGGGGCGGGACGCUUCAGAUUCUAGAGAGCAUUUGAUUGGACAGAAAAUCUGAUGAGUGCAGAGUGGUGUCAUCAAAAUCAUUGAUCCAUAUUGGCGGUACAUUUUAAAUGCUUAUAUUUUCUAAAUGCGAUUUUGUCAUUGUUUUGGGAGAACACUAUAGCUUAUAGAUAACAGUGAGGCUAAUAUAUUCAUACUAAAACCCAAAAAAUUGAUUUCAGGGGUACAUUAGGAUAAUGCAAAGGCACUACUGUGGCAAUAUGGCAGUUUUUUGUGUGUGUAAUGCAUGUUAAAUAUCAGACAAAUACAGACUGUCAGAGAAAGUCAAAGAGCUGAUAAAGCAUCUUUAGGCUGGAGUACACUACAUGACUUCUAAACAGAUUUUAAAACACUAGGCAUCAUGCUCUUGCUGACUUUGUAAAUGGUUACAAAGACUAACUGGGCAUCAUACACUAAAUGACUAGUCGUUCUGAACACAACAAACUCACACAGAAACAUGAGUGGAUAGACGCGGUCAGUAUGGACUCUACAGAUCACAACAGAAGUUAGAGGUGAGUGGUGCAGUCAGUUGUUUUAUGAUAAUUUGUUAUGCAUAUUCUGUUAAUUUACUUUUGUAUUUUUAUUGUAUUUUAUUGGCAGAAGGAGAACAUGUUUUUGAUAUGCUCAGACAGUAUGGAAUUAUAGUCUGAAGCUAAAAAAAUCUGAGAGUCGGUGUCCAUCAUACACUACUGUAACUCCGACUGCCUGAAAUCUGCAGAAUGGCGCAGACUUUCAGCAACUAUUAUCAAAUCUAGACUGCAAAUUGGGGUGAAAAUAUGAACACGUAGUCACGUAGUGUCCAGCCUUUAAGAAAACAGCUCUCAUCAACUUUAAAGAUGAGACAACAUAUUAAAGGGAUAGUUAGAAAUAGAGACAGAAAAUUGUGUCAUCAUUUACUCACCCUAAAAUUGUUCCAAACCUGUAUGCAUUUCUUUAUUCUGCUGAACACAAAAGAUAUAUUGAAGUAUGUUGGUAACCAAACAGUUUACUUCUUCCAUAGUAUUUUUUCUCCAUACUAUGGAAGUCAAUAGGGCCCAUUAAUUGUUUGGUUACCCAUAUUCUUCAAAAUAUCUUCUUUUUUGUUCAGCAAAAGAAAGAAAUUCAUACAGGUUUGAAGCAACUUGAAGGUGAGUAAAUGAUGACACAAUUUUCAUUUUAGGGUGAACUGUCCCUUUAUGUAUACAGUGUUCAUAGGCACAAAUUGUUUGUCAAAUGUUUGUUAAAUAUGUCAGUUUUGAUGUAUGUGGUGUUACUCAUUUUAAAAUAGUGUACAUUUCUGAAGUGAGAAUCUGGAAAAUCUAUAAUAUGUGGCGAAAUGUAUAAAUGUAGAUGCUAGUUUUUAAA